AUGUCCACUAACGCUGGCCCGUCGCCUGGAGGCAAUGGCGAGGAGGAAAUAAAGUCGAGGCGCAUAUUGUCAUUGGAGGAGUACCGAGUCUAUUACGAGAGACAACAGAGGCAGCUAUACCAGAUGCACCGCGAAGCCAACGCAUUUCAGAAUGACGUGGGUGCGAGCUCCCCCGCUGCUGCUGCUUCUGCUGCCUCGGUUCGGGAGCGGUGGGAGCAGGCUCAGCAACCCGAUCAACAGCAGCAGCGUGCCGAAGCCGUUGUUAACAUCUGGGAAAGGAUUGAGUUGCGUCCUGCCGAUAUUCUAAACGCUGUGCAAUUUUUGGGGCGGGUACUUGUGGCAACCUUCCUUUUAUUCAGAGAGCUGUCCCUCUAUUACUUCUUUUUGAUGCUUCUCUUUUAUAUGGUGUUUCUCGCCGUGCAGCGUGCGUUUGCGUCGAUCCGAAUAGAGCGUGGGCACAGAACCGGUGCGCGGAAUUCCCCCCAGACAGCGGCACCAUCUGGAGUCCACCCCCAUCGCCGCCAGCGCGUCUCCUUGCCUCGGAAGGUGCUGUAUGUAUUCAUCCGCUGCAUCGCGUCUUUUCUUCUAAGUUUUUCGCCAACGUACUCGGUAGAACAGUUGGAGGCGGAGUUACAGGAGGACGGCAUUGUUGGUUUGCACCUCCACCAGGACUGA